UUACAAAGAUAAACUUCCACAGAAAUCAAAUUAUUUAACAAUGUUCAGAUACCACUGUGCGCAACUAAUUGAUCGACAAAAAAAGUUAAAAAAAUAUGAAGAUUCUACAAAGCAUAGAGAUCAUUUGCUAAUGCAACGAUUCCACUGCAAAGGCUGGUUGAAGAUUACUAUAGAUACAGAAAAAAAAGAAGUUUUUAUUGAAUUAACCCAUGAAUAUCAUGCCAAAUAUGCUGAUAUACGUGUUAUAAAUGAAAUAAAAGAAUACAUUCAAAUAAUCUUCACCAAACUUCCUGGAAAAGAUGAAGAUCAAAUUCAAUCAGCUAUUAAAAUUAUUGAAGUAUAUGAUUAUACUGAAAUGAUAUUAAAUAUUAUGGAUAAUGGAAUUACUAUGAUCAGCUUCGGGCUUAUAGAAAUUAUUAAGAAAUUAGGUGUAAACGCAGUCGAGAUUGAAGAAAAUGUGUCAAUAGAAGAAGAUAUAGAAUCUAAUAAUGAAAGUAACAAAGAACUUGCAGAAGCACUUCAAGAAUAUGAAAAAAGUGAUGAUGUGAUUGACAAUACAAUUGUUGAAGAAUCUAAUGAAGCAUGGGAAGAGUAUAGAGAUACACGGUUUUUGUUAGCUGCUGAAAAUGCAAUGCAUGGAAUAGAAAAAAUGUUAACAAAGUGUGAAGUAUUGAAGAAUAGAAAAACAUUACCAAGAAUGUAG